CAAUUGGAGGAGUUGUUGUUAGGCGGUCCAGGAGAACCGGUCGGGGAGGGAGGAAGCUGGCAAGAUGGUGUUGGAAAGCACUAUGGUUUGUGUGGACAACAGUGAGUAUAUGCGGAAUGGGGACUUUUUACCCACCCGGCUGCAGGCCCAACAGGACGCUGUCAACAUAGUAUGUCACUCCAAGACCCGCAGCAACCCUGAGAACAACGUGGGCCUCAUCACAUUGGCCAAUGACUGUGAAGUGCUGACUACACUAACCCCUGACACCGGCCGCAUCCUGUCCAAGCUCCACACUGUCCAGCCCAAAGGCAAGAUCACCUUUUGCACUGGCAUCCGCGUGGCCCACCUGGCUCUGAAGCACCGACAGGGCAAGAAUCACAAGAUGCGCAUCAUUGCCUUUGUCGGAAGCCCGGUAGAGGACAAUGAGAAGGAUCUGGUGAAACUGGCUAAACGUCUCAAGAAGGAGAAAGUAAAUGUUGACAUUAUCAAUUUUGGGGAAGAGGAGGUGAACACAGAAAAGCUGACAGCCUUUGUAAACACAUUGAAUGGCAAAGAUGGAACCGGUUCUCAUCUGGUGACAGUGCCUCCUGGGCCCAGCUUGGCUGAUGCCCUCAUCAGUUCUCCGAUUCUGGCUGGUGAAGGUGGUGCCAUGCUGGGUCUUGGUGCCAGUGACUUUGAAUUUGGAGUGGAUCCCAGUGCUGAUCCUGAGCUGGCCCUGGCCCUUCGUGUUUCUAUGGAAGAACAGCGGCAGCGGCAGGAGGAGGAGGCACGGCGGGCAGCCGCAGCCUCUGCUGCUGAGGCUGGGAUUGCCACAGCUGGGACUGAAGGUGAAAGAGACUCAGAUGAUGCCCUGCUGAAGAUGACCAUCAGCCAGCAGGAGUUUAGCCGCACCGGGCUCCCUGACCUGAGCAGUAUGACUGAGGAAGAGCAGAUCGCUUAUGCCAUGCAGAUGUCCCUGCAGGGCGCAGAAUUUGGCCAGGCAGAAUCAGCUGACAUUGAUGCCAGUUCAGCCAUGGACACGUCUGAGCCCGCUAAGGAGGAGGAUGAUUAUGACGUGAUGCAGGACCCUGAGUUCCUUCAGAGUGUCCUGGAGAACCUUCCAGGCGUGGAUCCCAACAAUGAGGCCAUUCGAAAUGCCAUGGGCUCCCUGGCUUCCCAGGCCAACAAGGAUGGCAAGAAAGACAAGAAAGAGGAGGAUAAGAAGUGAGACUGGAGGGGAAGGGUAGCUGAGCCUGCUCAGUGGGCUGCAUAGGGUGGGGUGGGAUAUAUGGUUAGAUAUAUUAUCUGUAACCAUUACAACCUAAAUAAAGCUUGGCAACUUUUUUUUUUC